AGUUAACGUUACAAACCUGCAGGCAUUUGGCGAGAACCCGAACAGAGGACUACUAGAACCUUUCAUCGCCAUAAAACCUCUCUCUCUCUCCUCUCUGUUAAGUUUGGGAGAAUGGACAGUUUCCUAUUCACCUCUGAGUCUGUUAAUGAGGGCCACCCGGACAAGCUGUGUGAUCAGAUAUCGGAUGCAGUUCUGGAUGCCUGCCUCGAGCAGGACCCCGAGAGCAAGGUUGCCUGUGAGACUUGCACCAAGACCAACUUGGUGAUGGUUUUCGGUGAGAUCACAACUAAGGCCAAAGUAGACUAUGAGAAGAUUGUGCGUGACACAUGCCGCAAAAUAGGAUUUGUGUCUGAUGAUGUUGGUCUAGACGCGGACAACUGCAAGGUCCUUGUUUACAUUGAGCAACAGAGCCCCGACAUUGCCCAGGGUGUCCACGGUCAUCUGACAAAGCGUCCCGAGGAGAUUGGUGCUGGUGACCAGGGUCAUAUGUUUGGCUAUGCCACAGACGAGACCCCCGAGUACAUGCCUCUCAGCCACGUGCUUGCUACUAAACUCGGUGCCCGCCUCACCGAAGUGCGCAAGAACAGUACCUGCCCGUGGUUGAGGCCCGAUGGCAAGACUCAAGUCACUGUUGAGUACUACAAUGAAAACGGUGCUAUGGUUCCAGUUAGGGUCCACACUGUUCUCAUCUCCACUCAGCAUGAUGAGACCGUUACUAAUGAUGAGAUUGCCCGUGACCUGAAGGAGCACGUUAUCAAGCCGGUCAUCCCCGAGAAGUAUCUUGACGAGAAGACCAUUUUCCACCUCAACCCGUCUGGGCGUUUCGUGAUCGGAGGACCACACGGGGAUGCUGGUCUGACUGGUCGUAAGAUCAUCAUCGACACCUAUGGCGGUUGGGGUGCCCACGGUGGUGGUGCUUUCUCCGGAAAGGACCCAACCAAGGUCGAUAGAAGUGGUGCGUAUAUUGUAAGACAGGCUGCCAAGAGUGUUGUGGCCAACGGGCUCGCUCGCAGAUGCAUAGUACAGGUCUCCUACGCCAUUGGCGUUCCUGAGCCCUUGUCUGUGUUUGUUGACACUUAUGGCACGGGAAAGAUCCCCGACAAGGAGAUCUUGAAGUUGGUGAAGGAGAACUUCGACUUUAGGCCAGGAAUGAUUGCCAUUGACUUGGAUUUGAAGCGAGGCGGCAACAGCAGGUUCUUGAAAACGGCAGCUUAUGGUCACUUUGGACGCGAUGAUUCCGACUUCACAUGGGAGGUUGUGAAGCCCCUCAAGUGGGAGAAGCCACAAAACUAAGCAUCAUCUGCAACUCUCAAUGCCUGCCUUUGAGUGUAGUGUAUGUGUGAUCAUUUUGCUUUGUGUCUCAACUCUCAACUACAACUACAUAAGUUUGUAUUGGUUUUGCACUUUUUUUUCUCUUUUUUUGAAAAAACAUCUUGCUUGUUGGCUUUUCCUUGGCAUUGCUAGGGAUUUGUGAUGGCAGGAAAUGAAUGCUAUAUGGAAGUAUUGAGCAAAAGGAUGAAAGGAUAAGCUUGCAUAUAUGCAAAUAUUAUAUAGAUGUGUUAAUGUGGUUGGCUUGCUGACAAAUCAAACUUUCAUAAUUGUUUC